CGCUGCUUUUGAAGGGAGAAGUCGGGAUCUGCUUUCCUCUGGUGUUUCGCAGUUGAGGGGUAGUUUAUUUGCCUUCCGCUGAGAUUUCAAUGUUGCUGUGGUUUUCUGCCAUAAAUCAACAACUGACAAAUUCAAUUUGAGAAGUAUUUGUUCCCUAAAAGGGUUAUUCCGGAUUAGACUCAAUUGAAGAGGAGAGAUGGUUUUGUAUUUUCGAUAUGUUUAUACGGCCCCAGAAAUAACAACUCUCAUGGAUAAAUGUAUUUGCCUAUGAAGAUCUUGAAGUAUUUUUUAUAUUAAAAUUGUUGGAUUAUUCAAACGAGGAACUGAAGCCGAGUUUGUUUAGAAUCGGGAGUUAUAGGAGGAUACUGAGAAUUCCUAUACUGAUCGACGCGGAGUCAACGAUUUGGAAAGGAUACGGAAUAUAAAAAGUCAAAUAGGAUCCUCUAUCCUUUUAGUACCUUGUCGUCGAAUCUACCAAUUUACCAUCAUGUGGAUUUUUCUUUACAGUACGCUGUUUUUAUUAGAUGAGGUAGUCUAUUCUUGGGGGGGCUCCUCUUCCUCGGCGCUGGCCCUGGCCAGACCUGGGGCUGGGCCUAGGACUGGAGCCCGCGAAUGGGUGGACUGUGUGCAGGCCAGCACCAUGUGCAACCAGAACCAGAAGUGCAGCCAGAGGUACCGGGUGAUGCGCCAAUGCCUGGUGGGCAGGGAGAAGGACAUGCUGGCCAACAGGGAGUGCCAGGAAGCCCUGGAGGUGCUGCUGGUCAGCCCCCUGUAUGACUGCCGAUGCAAGAGGGCAAUGAAGAAGGAACUGCAGUGUCUGCAGAGCUACUGGUCCAUCCACAUGGAUCUGAUCGAAGGAGGAGACUUCUAUGAGACAUCUCCCUACGAGCCCGUCCUGCAGGUCCGACAACCUGACGCUCUCCGCCUGGCCUCCAUCAUCUCAGGGAUGCACUCCGUCGCCCCCAAGGCCUAUCAGUGCGCUGACCCCAACAAGACCUGUAACCCCUGUCUGGACGCGGCCAAAGCCUGCAACCUGAACAACAGCUGCAAGAAACAGCGCUCCACCUACAUCGCCACCUGCAACAAGGGGGGGCCGUGCAACCGCAAGCGCUGCCACAAGGCCCUGCGCCUGUUCCUGGACCGCGUUCCGGCCGAGUUCAGCCAGCGCCUGCUGUUCUGCCCCUGCCAGGACGAGGGCUGCGCCCAGCGGCGCCGGCAGACCAUCGUGCCCCACUGCUCCUUCGAGGACCGGGAGAAGCCCAACUGCCUGGAGCUGAGGAAGAGCUGCCGCCAGGAGCCGCUCUGCAGGUCUAGACUGGCUGAUUUCCACAUGAACUGCCUGGUGACUCAGCACACAGUGAGCAGCUGCCCCAACGAGGACAACUACCAGGCCUGCCUGGCCUCCUACACAGGCCUCAUAGGAACGGAUGCAACCCCUAAUUACGUGGACGGAAGCUACAGCAACUGGACUGUAUCCCCAUGGUGCACCUGCGCAGGAAGUGGCAACCAGGAAGGGGAGUGCGAGAACUUCCUUCGGGACUUCACAGACAACACCUGCCUGAGAAAUGCCAUUCAGGCCUUCGGAUAUGGAGUAGACAGCAUGUCCCACAAAGCUGACCCUGUCCAAUCCACCCCGACCACGAGGCCUGCCUCAGAGGCCACGCCGGAAACUUCCGAGCCCACCUAUAGCCCCAUCGAUAUGCCGCCAGGAGACAAGGAAGACAAGGAUAACGGGGGUGAUUACGAGGACCUGCGCAGCCCUGAGGGCCCACCUGAGGACAGCUCAGCCUGGCCCAGCGCCGACCCUUGGGUCCUGGUGGUCAGCCUGACCCUGGCCCUCGCUCAGGCCCCUGCCCUGUUCGCCCUAUAAAACGGCCGGGGGGGGGGGGGGGGCGGGGGGGGGAGGGUCGUCCUUCAAAAAGCUGGCCCAGAAGGGAAAGAGCUCACCGCAAGCUUGUUAUUUUCAACGUGUCUGGGCAUCCACAUGGUAUUUAUGAGGGAAAAUAUGAGGAAAAAUACACAAUCUGAGACAUAAACUCAAUCAUUAUUCAUUUGAUGUAUCAUUUGGGAGGGUUUUGAGGACCUCUGAAGACUUGGCUUUAAUGGACCCGUCGUAAGGAGCUGUGACCUACAGCCGUAGAGACCGGCCGCUGUGAAUGUUACUGUCUGUCGUUACUGAGACAAAAACCAAAAGGACCCCAAAAGUAUCAAGACAACGAAGACUAUUCGUCUUCCGCCUUGAUACCGGGGAGAGACGGAGCGAGAGAAUGACUGAAAGACGUGGGCGGGAGGGGCGGGGGAGAGAGAGAAGAGAGUUUAGUUGUUCGUCACACUUUUUCGUCUUGAAACAGUUCUUGACUUACUCCUCUUUGAUGGACGAUACGUCAAAUGUUAUGUUUCUGUAUCUGGCUGAUCCAGAAGAUUGACUUGUUAUUUUUUGUCCUCUCAAAAGUGUAAAAUCAAAACUCUACUCGGUGUGUGUAAGUGUCGGUAUAGUGACCAUUCUAACAGUGACCAUUUUAAACAGUACAGCUCUUUGGUUUGGGUACUCCAUUUUUUCUGCAGACAUAGAUAAAAGAAAUUUAACCAAGGUGAUGCCGUUAAGUGAUUUCUCAUUUGAGAUGUUGUCAAUAGUGGGUGACUGUCAAAAUGCACCCCAUAUGUAUGUAUAUUUCUGGCUGUGUAUAUAUUAUAUAAAUUCUCUUUUCCUUUGAACCAAUGUUACCUACCGUAAUUGGAGAAUAUGUUAUAUCUCUGAAGUGGGCACAGAGAGGGAAGAUUUAAGGGCGUAGAGUUGACUUGUUUAUUAAAAAGGGGAGAUGCCAGUGAAUACUGUGGAAAAUCCUUCAUUAUCUGCGUAUAUAUUUGUCUAUAAAGGUUUGAAAAUAUUUAAAAAGAAUGUACACAGAGAUGAGAUUAAAUGAACUCCGUCUGCUUGGAAAGUAA